AAAAAAAAAUUCUGGGCUUGUCAUGGAGUUCGCGUGAAAGAAAACAGGGAUUUUUUUCCAAUUUUCUUUACCAGUUAAACCAGUAUCUCUGGAUAGAACACGCUCAAGUACUUGAUCAGUUUUUACCCUUGUGGUCCCUGAUGGCUUCGCACAGUGAUACUCUGGUGGUGUUCUUUGGGGCAACAGCUGGUGCAAAUGGGGGUAAACUGGGUUCGGAUGAGAGGGAAAUAAUUCUCUUGGUGUGGCAAAUUGUGGAUCUACAUGAGAAAAAGGUUGGGAAACUUCAGAGACGUCUUGUGAAGCCCGACUCUUUGGAGUUGACAGACCAGAGUAAAGAGGAGACUGGACUGUCUGUGGACGAACUCUACAAGGCUGAACCUCUGGACAAAGUUCUGCAACAGUUCCAGCAGUCCGUCUCAGCGGAGUUGAAGGCUCUGGGCAGAAGCUCCUACACACUGUGUGUCGACGGGCCCCUCGUCAUACGACAGGCCCUUCACCCUGAGGCCUCCAAGAAGAACCUGGUCCUGCCGGAGUGUUUCUACUCCUUUGUGGAUGUGAGGAAAGAGUUUCACAAAUGUUGUCCCAAUGCUGGACAGGUCCAGGACCUAACGCUGCCCUCUAUCCUAGAAUAUGUGUGCAUCCCAGAACUUCCCCUGUCAGAGCAGGUGAUGGGGCUGAAGGAGGUGAGGUGUAUGGUCCAGCUCUCCCUGCACAUCCUGGCUGAGCCAUACAACCACAAAUUCUCAUGCUUUGAAGCUGUGAAGUACAAGCUUGAAUCGGGAGCAUGCAGUAAGACUGAACCAGUGGACAGUGAGACAGUGAUCAGAGCCAGGGGGUUGCCAUGGCAAUCUUCUGACCAGGACAUCUCCCGCUUCUUCAAGGGCCUCAACAUCGCCAAGGGUGGUGUGGCCCUCUGUCUGAACGCCCAGGGCAGGAGGAACGGUGAAGCCCUGGUUCGGUUCAUCAACCAGGAGCACAGAGACCUGGCCCUGGAGAGACACAAACACCACAUGGGCAGCAGAUACAUUGAGGUAUACAAAGCCACAGGAGAGGAAUUCCUCAAGAUCGCUGGAGGCACGUCCAACGAGGUGGCCCAGUUCCUGUCCAAGGAGAACCAGGUGAUCAUCAGGAUGAGGGGUCUUCCCUUCACCGCCUCUCCCCAGGACGUGUUGACCUUCCUGGGGGCCGACAGCCCCGUGACGGACGCCAGCGACGGCCUACUCUUCGUAAAGUACCCUGACGGGCGGCCCACAGGCGACGCCUUCGUCCUGUUCUCCUGUGAGGAGUACGCUCUGAACGCCCUGAAGAAACACAAGCAGAUCCUGGGCAAGAGAUACAUUGAGCUGUUCAGAAGCACUGCAGCGGAGGUCCAACAGGUCCUGAACCGUUACAUGUCCACCCCUCUGAUCUCCACGCUGCCCUCUUCCAUGGUCCCCAUGCCGGUCUUGGCCACGCCCCCCUACCUGGCAACUGGCAGCACGCGGGACUGUGUCCGUCUGCGAGGUCUACCCUACACCGCUGCUAUAGAGGAUAUACUGGAGUUCAUGGGAGAACACACUAUUGAUAUUAAACCACAUGGAGUUCAUAUGGUGCUCAACCAACAGGGUCGUCCCUCAGGUGAUGCCUUCAUUCAGAUGAGGUCAGCUGACAGGGCGUUCAUGGUGGCCCAGAAGUGCCACAAGAAGAUGAUGAAGGACCGCUAUGUGGAGGUGUUCCAGUGUUCUACUGAGGAGAUGAGCUUCGUCCUGAUGGGAGGAACACUCAACCGCAGCGGCCUGUCCCCUCCACCCUGCAAACUACCCUGUCUGGCUCCUCCGGCCUAUGCUGCGUUCCCUUCUCCUGCCAUGCUCUCUGAGGCUGCUCUGUACCAGCCCCCCCUACUGGCCACCCCCAGAACAUCCCAGCCCCCACACAGUUUAGUGGUGAACUACAAUGCAUAA